ACUCCUUCCAAAUAAUAAUAAAUAUAAUCUUUCAUUAUCAGUUUUAGUUACCAUCGUUAUUUGUCUCAAUAGGAUAUGGAAUUCGUGAAGUAAUAGUGGCAGUAAUCUAAAUGUUAUGCACAGUAGGUAAAAGGUUGUUCAAUAACAUAAUUCGUGUUCCAGAGACUGACAGGAGACAAAUCAGAGGUGAUGGAUAUGAAGAAGAGGGAAAUGCUACAGUCAUUACCUUUUUGUCAGUAAUAAAUGCUUUUUUAUUCGUCACUAUUGCUGCCAUAGUUGUGCUCCUAAUCAAAAGAAGAUUCCAGUGUUUAUCAAGAAAAAAAUCUUUCAAAGUUCUACUGACACAGAGUAUGAGAGCAUAUUCUGAAACGGAAUUAAUGUUCUUCUCACCUAGUGAAUUCACUGAGAAGUUGGAAACUAAGUUAUGGGAUGUUGUGGCAAAGAAUGACGUGGAACAGGCACAAAGCCUGCUUUGUCAAGGUGCAGACCCAUUCAAAAUAGAAGAAGACCGGCAAACCACUGCUUAUAUGGAAGCUCAUCUUUUAGGUUACAAAGUGAUUUCACAAGUUUUGACCCACCACCCAGGAAACUCGGAAGUGACCCGUGAAGGAAACCUAGUAAAGUCCAUAAUAAUGGAACUUCAAAUUCGAAAGGGAAAGAUAUUUUCAGCAGCUAGGAAAGGAAGAUAUGGCACAUAUAAUGGAGUAAGGUUGUUACUGGAAGGUUACUCCCUCCCCGCUACCAUCUAUGAUCAACAGAGGCUUUCACUUGUUCAUUAUAUUGCAUCUGCCUCCUUUACAAAUGGUGUACCUGCCUGGGAUGAAAAGGACAUUCAUGAGUUUUUCUCAAAUCAUGAGUACUACAUAAAUGCUGUUGAUUUCGAGGGUAACACAGCUCUUCAUAAGCUAGCCUCAAGACAAGCAGUGAAUGGUAAUGAUGGUUCAUUAUACAUAUGGAAUGGUAAAACAUUGAGUCUGGAAGAUAUAUGGAUCAGCAUGGCUGAAAUAUUUCUUGAUCAUGAUUGUGACCCAAGGAUUAAAAAUCACCAUGGUAUCCUUGCCCAAGAGCUUGCUAUGGAAUAUAGACACCAUGAACUUGCGAAGUUACUCAAAAAGAAAUGUGAAAGCCUAGGAAAAGUCGAUUACAGUGUGACAGCAGAUCGAUUCUGUGAGAUGGUGGAUGCUGUGAGGAGAGGAGAAACAACAAAAAUUAUAGACUUAUUAAAGAGUAGUGUUCCUCUUUUACCAAUAAACGCACAUGCUGACCCUCUAGUAGAAGCCAUCUGUUGUAAUCAAAGAGAUACAGUUAUCUUGCUUAUUGGAGCAGGAGCUCCCCUUGGUAACCAGUCUAUAGGCAACAUCACUCCUCUUGAAGCAGCCCAUACCACAGUCGACCUUCCUGCAGUAAUCCCAGCGCUCAUUAGAAAGGCCCUUGGUGACAUGCUUCGCUGGGAAGGGUUAAGAAUAGGACUCAAAGACAAAAUGGAAAUAUUUAGGAGACAAGUCAUCGAUGCUGGUUGCCAAGCUAGGUGGAAAUUCGAAAGCGAUGCAAUAGAACACAAAAACAAGGAGGCUAGAGAACUGUUACUGCGGGCAGCGGAACAAGGGUGCUGUAUGUUUAGUCAGAUGUUAUCACAGGAAGACGUUCACUUGCAUUCAACGCAUAGCGAAGAAAAGGCUUUCGGAAAAGCCCUGGAAAACAAUCAAGUUCACACACAACUUACUUUAUGCAGAGAUCUGAAAAUGUCGCCACUGACAUUUACUUUUUCAGCUCUUGAAUCACUCAAUAGUGAUCUUGGCAAAAGUAUUCUGAUUGGACAAAUCAGAAUCCUUAGAGGUGCUUGUGAAAAUUCAUCAGAUCCUUUACUGCAAUGGAGAUUAGGGAUGACUAUUGACCGGUGCAUAAAUGACCUUCAGAGACUUUGUGAUACAAGUUACUCACAGAAUACAGAAAUUGGAGAACCACUAAACACAUUACUAUACGCUGUAGCCAAAGAAGGGCUCGAUGCCAUACUGUACGACCUUAUGACGAAGGGCAAAUCUUUUGAUAUAAACAAGGAAAUUGACUUUUCUAAGAGCACUCUCCUCCAUGUUGCAGCCAUGAAUGGACAAAUCAAUAUGAUUGAGUUCCUACUUUACCGCGAGGCGAAGCUUGAUCUGGUAACAGUAGGUGGGUAUACAGCAGCUCAUCUUGCCGCCCUUGGGGGUCACAAAGAGGCCCUUUUAUAUAUAGAAGAACACACGAAGAAGAACAAAAUGAUUGCAAAUACUAAAUGUCAAGUAGGGCUCACUGCAUCAGAACUUAUGGCUAAUUACUUUACAGUUUGCCUGAGUCUCACACUCCCCCUAAUGUCACAUGAAGAUGCACUCACUGUCAUGAAUGCAAAAACGAAUUCUGAUAAGGCCUAUGAGAUACUGAAAAGGAAAGGAGAAGCACUGAACAUAACCAAGCCACAAGCUUUGUUUGACUGUGUGGAAAAAAAUACCAUAUCCAGUGGGGACAUGAUUUGUACCUUGAAAACAAUCAGAGAAGAAGUUGGCAAGAUCUGCAAUGGCCUCAAAAAUUCUGAUUUUGGUGGAAAUCUAUCACUCAUGGGGCUAUUGCAAGAGGAAACUGAAAUAUUUAAUGUCUCAGAUGUACAUUUCACUUUAGAACUGGAGGCAUUUCAUUGCUUGGAUCACACUGCAACUGUAACCUAUGAAGAAACAGCAAACAGCAACCUUACCACAUUCAUACUUCGUCAUAAUUCAAAACCAGAACUUUUCAAAGGAUCAAAUUUUAUUUGGGAAUUUUCUAAGGCUAUGGAAACUGCUCUUCUAAGCUAUAAGAGUUCACCAGAUAAAAUCUCUUUAUGCUCCCCAUUUCUCACCACUCGUCUUUCUGAAGUGUCUUUCUGCCUGCUCUUGAAAAAGGAUGAAUAUUUCAUAAAAAUUGCUGUGCACGUGCUGCCCGUCAUAGCGAUUUCCUUUCCAAAGGAAAGCAGAAUCAAGGAAGGUUAUGAGGAAUAUAUCAAAAGGAAUAAUGGUAAGGCACAGAUUUGCCUUCUUAACUCUGAAGGAGAGUGGAUCUUUCAUCCACACCAUUUUGAAAAGUAUAUAUUUCGAAACCUAAAUGAAAGCCAAAGAAAGGUCAGAAGAGCAUGUCACCUUAUUUCAAAGCUCCUGAAUCCAUGGCCAUGGGCUCCUCCUUUCAGAGCAAAGCAUUUUAUCAGACCAUGGCACACAUUAUCUGUGGGGGUUGAAUUUCUUCAGCCAGAAGCUGUCAAUUCUCUCUUCCUGAAGGAGUGUGACAAAAACAGUUCUCCUUGGACGGAUGAUACGGUGUUCCAAAAACUUCUCUCCUUAUACAAACAUGCAGCUGAAAAAGAUUCCUUGGGGACGUGGACUGCACAGAAAAUGAUUGAAUCGUCUGUUUUCCUUCGAGUAUAUUAUGAAAAUAACGACUCGGUUUGUGGAGUACUAAGAUAUUUGGAAUACCUCCAAUCAAACAAUUAUUCUUGUUGACUGUUAUAAAAAAUAAUGUAUUACCCAGGUUCUGCUUUAAAGAUAUAUUAAACAGGUUUACGCCUC